AUGCGCGAAAAUGAGGACCUGCAAGCUGCGGCUGCAGAUGCCAGCAUCAGCGGAGCACUGUCCAAGUACUUGGACCACUUCAGCCGCGGUUGGCAGGACCUGGGAUCGGUCACGGAACGACUCCGACGCCUGAGCUGCACGCUUGAUGCCACAGGGGCUGUGGGAUUUCUGUCAGCAAUUUACUUCGUCACUGUUGUAAAUAUACAGAAUCCGCGGAAACGGAGGUUGGACUUCAAGAUGGACCUGCAACUUCCCUCGUCCUUUGCACCCGACUUCGACGUCGCUGGCGCCCGGCGACUCCUGAGUGCGUGGCAGGACAACCCGUCGGAGAAGCCUCAACUCAGCCGCUACUGGCAGAGGAGAGGAGUCGAUGUCGCUCUGGGCGCACUACCGCGAAGCUACCUGCUCGGCCUCGAGGAUGUGGAGUGUCUGUUGAAGAUCUGCGAGCUCUCUGCACGUGUUUAUUGGUUCUUCUCGGACGACAAGGAGGAUUU